AUGGAGCAUCUUUUGAAGAAGAUAUUUGCUAUCUCUGAGAACAUACUUCUAAUCAUUUUAUUCUUUGAAUUAAUAAUUGGACUUAUAGGAAAUGGAUUCACAGCCUUGGUGCACUGCAUGGAUUGGGUUAAGAGAAAAAAAAUGUCAUUAGUUAAUCAAAUCCUCACUGCUUUGGCAACUUCCAGAAUUUUCCUGCUCUUGUUCAUGGUAGUAGGUUUACAAAUUACCUCAUUGAACCCAUAUUUAGUUACUACUAGAUUGAUGAUACAGUUCACUAGUAAUCUAUGGACUAUAGCUAACCAUAUUAGCAUCUGGCUUGCUACAUGCCUCAGUGUCUUUUAUUUUCUCAAGAUUGCCAAUUUUUCUAACUCUCCUUUUCUCUAUCUAAAGGGGAGAGUUAAAAAAGUAGUUUCAGUUACAUUACUGGUGUCUCUGGUCUUCUUGUUUUUAAAUAUUUUACUACUUAAUUUGGAAAUUAACAUUUGUAUAAAUGGAUAUCAUCAAAUAAACAUAUCAUACAUCUUCAUUUCUUAUUACCAUUUAAACUGUCAAAUUCAGGUGUUAGGAAGUCACAUUAUUUUCCUGUUUGUCCCUGUUAUUUUGUCCCUGUCAACUUUUCUCCUGCUCAUCUUCUCCCUGUGGAAACAUCACAAGAGGAUGCAGCAGCAUGUUCAGGAAUGCAAAGAUGUCAGAACCACAGCCCACUUCAAAGCCUUGCAAACUGUGAUUGCCUUUCUCCUACUGUACUCCAUUUUUAUCCUGUCACUGUUACUACAAUUUUGGAUCCAUGAAUUAAGGAAGAAACCUCCUUUCAUUGUAUUUUGUCACAUUGUAUAUGUAGCUUUUCCUUCGUUCCAUUCAUAUGCCUUGAUUCUGAGAGACAGGAAGCUGAGACAGGCCUCUCUCUCUGUGUUGUGGUGGCUGAAAUGCAGGCCAAAUUAG